AUGGUAAGAACACGAGGUGCAUCUUUUAGUUCUCGAGGAGAGAGUUCUCGAGGAGAGAGUUCUGCACAGGGUUUAGGUAGGAGACGACCUACGGCUUCGGCUCGGAGAGGGCGGGCAACUCCUAUUCAGGAUGACCCUAUCGCUGAGGACCGAGCGUUUGAGGAGGAGACAUAUCAGGCCUACGAGGGUCCUGUUCAGGAUGAGGCAUUUGAGGCCUCUGAUGACGAUUACGAGGAGGAGGAACAUGAUGUUCCUAACAUACAAGAGGAUGAUGUCGGUGGAUUUCCUGGAGGUCCACGUGAUGCUUCUUUGCUGACACACUAUGUUCAGCAUGAUCGAGGAGAGAUAUUGAAAUUGAUCUCCCAUGGUAUAAAAGUUAAUAAGUUAGGACCGUGCGCCGAGGGAAUUCAACACAUUAUGUUGAAUUCCUCUUUGAUGCCUCUCACACAGAUCUGCUACGAUUACGUUGAUAAGGGCUUGUUGCUCGGAUUCAUAGAGAGAUGGCACUUUGAGACGAGCAGUUUCCAUCUCCCAGUAGGGGAGACGAAGAUCACUCUUGAUGAUGUCUCCACUUUACUUCAUUUUCCAGUGAUGGGACAAUUAUGCGAUUUGGAGGAGUUGGAGUUUGAGGAGGCUCGUACACCCCUCGUUGACCUGUUUGGCGUUGACGGUGGCACAGCUGGUGCUGAGAUGGAGGAUGCACGUGGUACGAAAGUCAGGCUCAGCUGGCUGAGAGACAUAUAUGUUCAGAGGUGUCAGUCGCAGGAUUGA